CCUCUGUUACGCUCUUACGCAGGAAUAAAGCUGUUAGCGUGCACGAAAAGGACUUUGGUUGGGAUACCUCACUGUACAGAACCAAGAUGGUUGUCAUUAAGGAUAUGUCUUUCAAAGCUGGCCAGGAGCUGAAGAUCUCUGGCAAAGCCAAAAGUGCUACCUCGUUCUGUUUGGAAGUUGGCCAUAAUGAAGAUAGCAUAGCCAUGCACUUCAACCCACGUUUUGAUGAGCACGGCGAUGUCAACACCAUCGUCUGCAACUCCAAACACGGAGACUGCUGGGACGAGGAGUUCAGGGAAACCUGCUUCCCAUUCCAGCCUGACGAGGAUUUCAAGAUUGUUAUCAGUUUCAAUAACGAAACCUUCUACGUCAAUCUCCCGGAUGGCAACAUGAUGCAUUUCCCUAACCGCUUCGGCGACGACAAGUUCAAGUACCUGUGUUUCAAGGGAGACUGCAAGAUCUACAGCGUCAAAAUCAAAUGAGGCAACCGUCUUGGCUCACCCAUCUCACACCAUCUCAGCAGUGACUCUCCAGUGACUGUGUGAACGUUGUUCUGUCUCUGUCUCAUUGCAGCAUCACCACUAAAAUACGUUGUGACUGAAGUCUGACUUUUAUUAUAUCUGUGAAAUCAUUGACUGUGAAAAAUGUUGGCAUGUGCUCAUGUCUUUGCAACCUAAGUCUUAGCCUUGUUCCACUGCUCAUAACCACUAAUAAAACAUUCACAAGA